AUGGUUAUCCCGGUGCGCAGCUUCACCUCCGGCAAGAUCGUGGGCAACAAAUGGGAAGCCUACCUGGGGCUGCUGCAAGCAGUUCACCAAGGGGAUGCCCUGGAUGCCCUGGGACUGAAGCGCUACUGCUGUCACCGUAUGCUGCUAGCACAAGUGGACCUGAUUGAAAAGCUGCUUAACUAUGCGCCCCUGGAGAAGUGA